AUGACCCAUGUAAGCAAGCAGAUCCUGAUGGGAAACCCGGACUACUUCCCUAUCAAGCCUGCGGACUACGGCAAGUUCAUGAUGCUUUCGCUAGGCACCGGCACCACCAAGAUGGAAGAGAAGUUUGACGUAGCCGAGUGCAGUAAGUGGGGCCUUCUCGGGUGGCUCUACAAGAGGGGUGCCACGCCGAUCAUUGACAGCUUCAGCGAGGCCAGUGCCGACCUUGUCGACAUCCAGGCGUCUGUGCUCUUUCAGGCACUACACUGCAACAAGCAUUACCUCCGGAUCCAGGAGGACAAGCUUACCGGCGACAUGGCCUCCGUUGAUGUGUCCACAUCAAAGCACCUCAACGGGCUCAUUGCUGUUGGCGAGGUGCUGCUUAAGAGGCAGGUGUGCAUGGUGAACGUCGAGACCGGCAAGAACGAGCCCAAUCUAAAGAGGGGCACUAACAAGGAGGAACUGGCCCGUUUCGCACGCAUGCUAUCGGAAGAGCGCAAAGCCAGAUUUCAGAAGUUGGCCAACGAACUUGGUGGAUAG